AUGCCAGGACUGGAUCAAGACCAUGUGAUUGAAGAAGAAUUAUAUGCCAGGCCUCAGCAUAGAAAUCACUGCUCAUCCAAUAAAGAAAAAUUGUCAAAUAAUAAUCCUGAUGAAACUGUUGAUGAUUGA